CAGUGUCUGUGUAAAAGUGCACUCACUCUCGCUCAGACUGCACCAGUCCAGAAUGGGAAUGCUGAGACAGACGCACGGUUUAUUUUUGGGUCAGUGACAGUGUGUCAAUGGCCGCAGAUGCAUCGCAAAGGAAGGCUCUGAGUUACCAACAGACCCUGCUGUAUGGGGUGUACAGUGAACACCCUGGAGGGUCCUGUCAACGAGAGGCUGGUCACCUGCUGACAGAGAAACAGGUAAAGAAAAACCAUCAUCAUCAUCACCAUCAUCAUGGACACCAUCGGCAGAGUCACAAACACUGCAGCCGACACCAUGGAAAACCAGACGCAGGAGAUGAUGGCAAAGAAUCAGAGAAUAGGCACACAUCCUCCAUCAAGAAAGACCCCUCCUACUCCAAGUAUAAAGACUGUGUGGCUCGUGUACAGGAGUUUCUAGUAACUAAAUUGGGAGAAGAUUGGAUCUUUCUAGUGCUCCUGGGCCUCUCCAUGGCGUUAGUCAGUUGGACCAUGGACUACGCCAGUGCCAAGAGCCUCCAAGCUUACAAGUGGAUGUAUGGAAAGCUGAGAAGAAAUGUCCCGCUGCAGUACUCGGUUUGGGUCGCAUAUCCAAUGGCGCUCAUCAUGUUUGCCUCCUUCUUCUGCAACCUGGUUGCUCCACAGGCCAUCGGUUCUGGUAUCCCUGAGAUGAAAACUAUCCUUAGAGGAGUUGUGUUGAAAGAAUAUCUUACAUUUAAAGCAUUUGCAGCAAAAGCAGUUGGACUUACUGCUGCACUAGGAAGCGGAAUGCCAGUAGGCAAAGAGGGUCCUUUUGUACACAUAGCCAGCAUUUGUGCCGCUGUGCUGAACAGGAUUAUGGCCUUUUUCUUUGGGGUCUAUCGGAGCCCAUAUUGCUACACAGAUAUUCUCACUGUCGGUUGUGCUGUGGGAGUAGGCUGCUGUUUUGGCACCCCACUUGGAGGAGUGUUGUUCAGCAUCGAGGUUACAUCAACGUUCUUUGCAGUGAGGAACUAUUGGAGGGGAUACUUUGCUGCCACAUUUAGUGCCUUCAUAUUCAGGGUGCUUUCAGUGUUCAAUAAAGAUGCAGUCACCAUCACUGCUCUGUUCCGCACCAAGUUUCGGAUGGACUUCCCCUUUGACCUGCAGGAGCUGCCAGCAUUCGCCAUCAUUGGCAUUUUCUGUGGGUUUCUUGGAGCUUUCUUCGUCUACUUGAACCGGCAGGUUGUCCUGUUCAUGAGAAGACCCAACUCCCUUACACGGUUUCUUACCAAACACCGUCUCAUUUUUCCAGCCGUUGUUACAUUUGUGAUCGCGACGCUGACAUUCCCUCCAGGUUUUGGACAGUUCAUGGCAGGAGAGCUAAUGCCCAGAGAAGCUAUAAACUCUCUGUUUGAUAACUUCACCUGGACUAAAAUAAAGGGUGCUUCUGUUCCACCUGGUCUGGGACGAUCAUCUGCCUGGCUUCAUCCGGAUGUCAGUGUAUUUAUCAUACUGCUUCUCUUCUUCGUCAUGAAGUUGUGGAUGUCAGCUGUGUCAACGACAAUGCCCAUCCCCUCUGGAGCAUUCAUGCCUGUGUUUGUACUUGGUGCAGCAUUUGGUCGUUUAGUCGGAGAAAUCAUGGCCACUUUAUUUCCUCAUGGCAUCCUGUUUGAUGGCAUCCUCUACCGGAUCAUUCCUGGAGGGUAUGCUGUCAUUGGUGCAGCAGCAAUGACUGGGGCUGUCACUCAUACAGUCUCUACUGCUGUGAUUUGUUUUGAGUUGACUGGUCAGAUCUCUCACAUUCUGCCCAUGAUGGUAGCAGUUAUCCUGGCCAACAUGGUUGCACAAGGACUACAACCAUCACUCUAUGACUCCAUCAUCCAGGUCAAGAAAUUGCCCUACCUCCCAGAGCUAGGCUUCGGUCAUAUCAGUCAAUAUAACAUAUUUGUUGAAGACAUCAUGGUGAGAAAAGUGAAAUAUCUGUGCUCACAGUCCACAUACAGAGAAGUGGUACAUUUACUAAACUCCACAUCCCUAAAAAAUUUCCCUCUGGUGGACUCAAAAGAAUCUAUGAUCCUCUUGGGAAGCAUUGAGCGCUCUGAGCUUCUUGCUCUUUGUGACUGGUGGCUAUCAGCAGAGCGACGGAUCCUGACACAAAAAGAGGGUUUGCACGGCAAAGGCUUAUGUGCCAGCUGGGAAUCCAUUGCCUUUGUAGAUGAAGAAGGAGAAGAGAGUGGUGGUGAAAAUAGUGCACCAAUGCUGGAAGAAAGGAAUGGCCCUUUAACUUCACCCAAACAACCAGAGCCAACCAUCACUCCUCAUUCUCCUCCUGCUAAAGGUCCUCUCCAGUCUUUCAGGAGAACUUUACACAACCUUUUCUCAUCUCCUUCAGAAAGACAGGCAGAAGAGCCUGAGGCAGAGGAGCCAACUCCUCCACCCCUCACUGAUACAAUGACACCUGAAGAGGUUAAAGCAUGGGAGGAAUCAGAGAUGGAUAAGACACUAGAAAUUGAGAGAGUGAAGAUAGACCCAUCUCCUUUUCAACUGGUGGAGAGAACAUCGCUACACAAGACUCAUACAUUGUUCUCCUUAUUGGGCCUCAGUCAUGCCUAUGUAACCAGCAUAGGCAAGUUAGUGGGAGUUGUAGCACUAAAAGAGCUUCAGAAAGCCAUCGAAGGCUCAACGAGGAGCGGUGUCCGCUUGCGCCCCCCUCUAGCCAGUUUCCGUGACACCAUUCGUAAGUACUCUAAGCCAUCCCAGACUCCCUCUGCCCCAACAUCCCCGAUGUCCACCUCCGACCCUGAUUCCUACCAUCCUUCAUCCCAAGAGGUCCCUUCAGUUCCCCUGGCCCCUGUCCAACACCAGGAGGAGGCGGAAGUGUGGAUUGAAGGAGUAACACGAGAGAUAGUAGUAAACACCAGUAGCUCUACAACAGAAAGCAGCAGCCCUCAGACAAGAAGAAGUAUCAGUGAGGCAGGAAGUCCCAAUGGCAGCCCAUCUCAAUCUUCUUCCUCUCAUCCCACUAUAUUGCUCUCAUCCCUAAGACCUGUCCCUGAGGAGAAAAGAGAUGCUGAUCAUGAAAGUGAUGAUGAACCCCUUUAAGCACUGUGUUUUUAAUGUUAAUUUUCCCCUUUUGUUAUUUUUAUAUAACGUCUAUUGUGUUUUUUUAUGUUCUGUCAAGUGUGAUAUUGUAUAUGGAUUUUAGCUAAUCGUAAUACUAUGUGUCUGUGAAAGACUGCUAAAAGUUGAUUUGCUUAAGCAGUUAAGCUAAAUAAUUGUUUAGGAAAUGUUGAUAGUCAGUUUUCCAUGUUUUUAAGAAGUUCCAUAAGAUUUCAGAUUCGCUUUUGAAGGGCCCUAUAAAUCGACUACAUUGAAUCAACUUAAUAUCAUUUGUUUAAAAAAGAAACACAAAAGUAUUUGGUUAAUCAGGUCAUCUUUCCCCUCUGGCUGGUUUUUGGACAGUCUCAGGACACCAAUCUAAUAUCAUCCAUAACCAUCAAGCAAGCUCAGGCCUCCUCUGCCCCAUCUUUGGGUUUUCAUAAGUAUUCGGCUGCAUUAGACUUAUCCUAUAAGUGGGAAAAUGCAGGUUAUCAUUUCCAACAUUGGUGCAAAUGAACUAGAAAAAACCUGGAUGCCUCUGUUUUGUUAGCAACAAGCUAGCUAGUCUACUGUGAUGAUCGACGUAUAUUUUCCUCCUCAAACAUCUACCUGUACAAUGUUAGAGAUUUGACAAGUUAAUAUAUCUGUAUGUUGAUUGAUCUCAAGCUACAGUACUUGUUUAGAAAAAGAUUACAAUUUCUAUUCUGUAUGCUUUGGAUGCUUUGUGCAAUUUGACCUCAAUCCAUAAACUGGGAAGGAACUUGUAGUUCCCCAAA